CAGCAUUAGUAAAGACGUGAUCAAUACAUGUUGAUGAUUUCAUUCCUGUGCUGUUCAUAACUACCCUGGUAGGUUGACUGAUAACCUGAACCAGGUUGCAGGCACUGGUUACAGUUUGAAGCUUUUUCUUGAGUGGGCAGCUGGAUGAAAGCCAGUCAAUAUUGAAAUCACCCAGAAAAUAUACCUCUCUAUUGAUAUUACAUACAUUAUCAAGCAUUUCACACAUGUUAUCCAGAUACUGACUGUUAACACUUGGUGGUCUAUAGCAGCUUCCCACAAGAAUGGGCUUUAGGUGAGGCAGAUGAACCUGUAGCCAUAUUACUUCAACAGUAUUUAACAUGAGAUCCUCUCUAAUCUUUACAUCAAUGUGGUUCUGAAUAUAAACAGCAAUACCUCCACCACUGGCAUUUCUGGCUUUUCUGUAAAUGUUAUAACCUUGUAUUGCUACCACUGUAUCAUAAAAGGUAUUGUCUAAGUGAGUUUCAGAGAUAGUCAGAAUAUGAAUGUCAUCUGUUACUAGCAAGUUAUUGAUUUCAUGAACCUUGUUUCUUAAGCUACAUAUGUUAAUGUGGGCUAUUUUGAGCACUUUUCUGGGAUGCUUGCUUGUUUUCAUUGCUUUACUGGGAAGCUUAGCAGAAGUAGAUAUUCUCAUGUUAUUUAUGUUAGUGCAGGGUGAGCUGCACACAGUGGACUUCCUACUAGGGCACACCACCUCAGUGCUAACAGCGUACCAGGGCAGUUAGAGGGACAUACAUUAGGUUACUUACAUUGUUUCUACAAAUGCCCCUGGUAUAAUGUACAUUUGCUAAAGCAUCAUGAUGACUCAGCGACACAAUGGUAGGGAUUAACUGAGCUGGGAUUGGGUCAUUGAUAAGUAAUUGUCUCAACGCAGCCCUAUAAUGCUGUGAAAGGAUACAGAAACCCAAAUUAUUUGUGUGGAUCCCAUCCUCCUUAUAAAAUGUAUUUUGUUUCCAAAAGGUAUCGAAAUUGUCAACAAAAGUUACACCCAUUGAGCUGCAAUAAUCACGUAGUUGUGAAGUGAAAGAAUCCUGCUAAAGUGUUCAAUGCCAUGAUUCAGAGAGGGCACAGGGCCAGAUAUGAUGGGUAUUUUAUUAGUGUCUAGCAGAGAGUCAAUCAGUUCUUUGAAAUCCAGUUUCAACUGUUCAGAGCUGCCCUUCAUAAUGUCAUUAAAACCCACAUGGACUACGAUAGAAUCGAUGUCCUGGCUUAGUACAUUCGGGAGCAGCUUAGUAAUGUCAUUUACUCAAGCUCCAGGAUAGGACAUUGUUUUUGCACCAGGAACAGUCACAUUUCUUACCAUGGAGCUGCCCAAAAUCAUGGCUGGCGAGAAGGACGAGGAAAUCCGCCCACUCCCACGCUUCACAGGAUGGUGCAGGCCUUCGACAAGUGGAGAAGCCCCGCUCAAUCCAGAGCUGGGAUGGAAGGUUGAUGACGUCGACUUCAAAAUCGUAGGGGAAGGAGUAGGAGUCGUAGUAGUAGGCACAGCGGCCGCAGACACAGGCACCCCCAGCGACGAAGGUGCAGGAAGAUCAGGCUCCAGGGUGCCAAAACUAUUUGUUGUUUGUAUCCGCUCCGGGCCUCUAAUUGGGAGUGUAGACUGCUUUGCGGGAGGCCACUGUCUUCGGCUUCCACGGCUCGUGACAUGCGACCAUCGUUGAUUGUCAUGCUCCUCUUGCUGUGCUCCUUCGACGCCGCUAUCAGAUGGGGGAGGAGAGGCAGGAGAUGGCUCACCUGGCGAACGAACUCUGGGCAACACUGGCCCGUCGGAUAACUACUAACAACGAGACCGUGAUGCAUCCAACAUGAACGAACGCCGUCCAGCCACCGGCAUAGAAAAGGUAAACAUUCCUCUCUGCGUUUUCCCCAGUUUGUUACGUAGACUGGCUACCUGCGUGAUCAAGGAAGCCACCUCAAGCCUAUAAUCCUCAACAAGAAAACAAUUGCCGCAUUGGAACUCUGAGUGAUCCAGUUUGUCCCGAAACAAAGCGUAAUAGAUACAGCGCUGGAAGCAUUCAUUUACUUCUCCAGACAAAGAGGACUCCAUUGGAAAACUCAUCUGGGACUAACUUUGUUAGCUUGAUGGCUAACGUUAGCAGCUUAGCUAGGUUAGCGGCUCUUUCAAGCAGACUUUAACCUGUCAGGUAAGCAGGAUUCCGGGACAAGAAAUAGCGGCCCUAGCUGUUAAAAGCUAACCACGUCGCAGAAUCCAUGCAAAAACAAGUUCGGUAUUUAUGUUUUGAUUCACUGAUUCACUGUGUCUGACAUUUUCUGUGUGUGAGAUUUUGUGUGUAAUUGUCUGGCUGUUUAUGAAAAAUGUGUGUGUUUGUCCCAGUGAGUGAGUCUCUGGAAACAGAGUAGUGUUAUGUCCUCACAGUCACAAGAACACAGGACUACACGUGUUUUCCCAUCCCUCCUCCCUUCCCCUGGGAAUAGCUGCAAUACUGUCUUAUGGUGGAAGUGAUGGAGGAUAGAUGCGAUGAAUAUGUUAGAGGUGUUUCAUGUUCUCUUUCAUUUCAGAUCAAAAAAGCUUUGGGUGAACCAGCACUUUUCUUUCAUGAGUGAGAAGGAGCCUUAAGCGCUUUUUAAACUCUUACAGAGAGAGAGAAAGAGAGAGAAAGAGGGAGAUGGAAUGAGAGAAUAGUUAUAUUGUGGACUUCAUUGAAGUUAGAGAUUUAAGGAGAGAGGGAGAAAGAGAAAGAGGGAGAGAAAGAUCCAGGGAAUUAAGAAAGAGAAUCGCAACGAUGAAUAGAAAAUAGAGACUGAUGGGAAAUAGAGUUUUGAUGAUUUUCUGUAUUGCCUGUGUUGGUGUGAAAUGUCACUGUGUUGUUUCAAUGGACCUGCAGAGAACUAACAUAGGCAUUUAAUAAUGAUUCUGCAAUAGAGAAUAACUACUUAGAGUAUAUAUAGAUAAAGGAAAGAGGGGGAGUGUAGAGAGGGAGAGACGGAGCAAAGAGAACAUUUUAAAUUUAAGUCAUUUAGCAGAUGCUCUUAUCCAGAGCGAUUUAUAGUAGUGAGUGCAUACGUUUUCAUACUGGUCCCCUGUGAGAAUUGAACCCACAACCCUGACGUUGCAAGCACCAUGCUCUACCAACUGAGCCACAUGAGAAAAGGGGGACUGAAGGGAGUGGGAAGUUAGGAAGAAGAAAAGGGGGCAUCUGAGGCAGAGAGGGGAGAACUAGGCAGAGAGGGGAGAACUAGGCAGAGAGGGGAGAACUAGGCAGAGAAAGAGAGAGAGGGAUGAAUGUAGAGAGAGAAAGAGAGAGGUAAGGAGGCAGAGAGAGAAAAAGAGAGAGAAGGAUGUAGAGAGAGAACAGGGAAGGAAGAAGGUAAAGAUGGAGAGAGAGGGAAGGAAGGAGGUAGAAAAAGAGAGCGAAAGAGUCAGAGAAGGAGGUAGAGAAGGAGGGAGGUAAAGAGAGAGAGAUGGCCUCUGGGGAUGUACCAUGUGUGGGAGGGAAGGAGGGGUAGGUUGAGGAGCCGUAGGGGAAGCGAUGGCUUUGAUGAAUAAAACAUCUCAUGAAUGAACGGGUGUGAAUGCAUUAGCUCGAGAUACAGAGAGAAUGAGGAAGAGAGGAGAAAGGAAUAGAACGCAUGAGGGAAAUAAGAAGCAAAGAUAGGGAUGAAGGGCAAUAGGAAGAUAGUUUUAAGGAUGUGCAGGCAUAGGGAUGGAGAGAAUGAGGGAGGAAGAGAGGAAAAGGGGAAGUCAGGAUGGACUGGGCGUGGGGAGAAGAAAAGAGGGAAGCACCGGUAGAAUGGAGAGUCGUUUUUUAUAACAAGAGCAUAAGUGUCUUGUCAUCUUAGGGAAAGCUUUUGUACAGUAAUUGCUCCAUAUCAAUGUAAGUCUGUGGAGAAUAUGAAUGUAGAAGCUAAACUCUGCUCCCUAUCGGUUUGAGUGAGUGCAGAUUUGUACAGUAGAAAAUUAUAGGAGAGUCAGUGAAGUGAAAACAAUCUUCUGUUCUUUGCCAGGGCAACAUGGACUCAGUGGUAGACGUAACAUAGUAAAUGCAUAACCGGGACUCUCCAAUUAGUAUGAUAUGUGACGUUUCAUAUGGCAUACAUUAAUUUGUGGAUGUCCAUCAUCCAUUUCGUAUGAUAUGUUAUGAAUUACAAUUCGUAUGAUAUGUUACAAUUUGCAAUUGGUACAAUAUGUUACCAAUUAGCAAAAUGUAUGAUAUGUUAUGAAUUCAAAUAUGUUGCCGCUAACAUUAGCUAGUUAGUUAAUGUUAACUAGGCCAGGGGUUAGGGUUAGGGGUUAAGGUUAGGGUUAGGAUUUAGUUUAAAGGGUUAUGGUUAGGGUUAGGGUUAGGGGAAGGGUUAGCUAACAUGCUAAGUAGUUGCAACGUAGCUAAAAAGUAGUAAGUAGUUGCAAAGUUGCUAAUUAGCUAAAAUGCUAAGUUGUCCAUGAUGAGAUUCAAACACGCAACCUUUGGCUUGCUAGACGUUUGCUCUGUCUGUGUGUGUGUCUGUCUGUAUCACUAAAUGAAUAAUUCAUGAUUAUUAAUGUCUGUUGAUUUAUUUUAAUAUUAAUGAGUUGGUGUGUGUGUGUGUGUGUGUGUGUGUGUGUGUGUGUGUGUGUGUGUGUGUGUGUGUGUGUGUGUAUGUGUGUGUGUGAGCAUGCACGUUCCAGAGAGAUAAAAAAAAUAAUGUAAUUGGUGGUGGUGGUUUUUGUGUGUUUGUGUAUGUGGUGGGGAAUAGAAAGGAGGGAGGAGGAGGGGUGAAAGCCGCUUAAAGUCUUGGUGCUUUUAGACACAGAACCCUACCAUGUUUUAACAUUUUGCACAUCAUGCCGGGGGGUACAGACAGUCAGUUUGUGUGCGUGUCAGCGUGUGUGUCCAUACAUGCAUGAGGAAAAGACCAAGGCACUCUGCAGUCUCGCCCACCAAGCACAAUCGUCUGGUUGGUGGUUGUUUUUUAAACCAUGCCAGUGGCUGCAUUCACCAUAGUAGUGCCUCAACGCUGAACAAAUAUUGUACCAAUGAGACAACAUUAGGCCCACCAUACAAAGGCCUAGCCUGCAGCUCUAACAUGAUCUGCAUGUCUCCAUGGACCUCAGCAGGCCUCUAAACUGGGGUCCUGGAGGAGCAGUGUGUCUGCAGGGUGAAGGCAGUACAUCCCCACACUGUGUUUACACCAGCUCAUUGUUAGGGAGGCUGGCUGGAGCUCUCUAGCUGGGUAUUGUACUAACACUGCUGAGUCUGACUAUAUGUGUAUUUUUGCCUGUAGUGAUAUAGUUUUAUUUGCUGGGGAUUCAGCAGAGACUAUUGCCCACACAUAUGGGUUUGCCUGCAGUGACAGUCAUAUUUUGAGAAAUAUUGGCAAAGGAAUUGUAUGAGGAAAUGUUGGUUCAUCCCAUAGAGAAUGAUAGAGGCCUCUAGUGGCCAAAUGGCCGUUAUAGCAUGGGCAGCACCAUUGAGUGCUUCCACCAUCCAUCCGACAUUUAGUCAAAGUAGUCAACUGGGUGGGGAUUCCUAUGGGUUGUAGCCUCAAUGGCGCUGCCCAUGCUGUCACAGAUGCUAGAAUGGCACAGAUAUAAAGAUGAGUCCUCUAUCUAUCCCUAAGGUUCAUCCAUACAUUUAAUACACUACAUGACCAAAAGCAUGUGGACACCUGCUCGUCGAACAUCUCAUUACAAAAUCAUGGUAAUUAAUAUUGAGUUGGUCCCCCCUUUUCUGCUAUAACAGCCUCCACUCUUCUGGGGCUUUCCACUAGAUGUUGGAACAUUGCUGCAGGGACUUGCUUCCAUUCAGCCGCAAGAGCAUUAGUGAGGUCAGGCACUGAUUUUGGGUGAUUAGCCUGGCUCGCAGUCGGAGUUCCAAUUCAUUCCAAAAGUGUUAGAUGGGGUUGAGGUCAGGGCUUCCACACCGAUCUUGACAAACAAUUUCUGUAUGGACCUCGUUUGUGCACAAGGGCAUUGUCAUGCUGAAACAGGAAAGGGCCUUCCCCAAACCGUUGCCACAAAUGUGGAAGCACAGAAUUGUAUAGAAUGUCAUUGUAUGCUGUAGCAUUAUGAUUUCCCUUCACUGGAACUAAGGGGCCUAUCCCAAACCAUGAAAAACAGCCCCAGACCAUUAUUCCUCCUCCACCAAACUUUACAGUUGGCACUAUGCAUCUGGGCAGGUAGCGUUCUCCUGGCAUCCGCCAAACCCAGAUUCGUCCGUCGGACUGCCAGAUUUACAUUUUACAUUUUAGUCAUUUAGCAGACGCUCUUAUCCAGAGCGACUUACAUAUAUAUUUUUUUUAUACUGGCCCCCUGUGGGAAUCGAACCCACAACCCUGGCGUUGCAAACGCCAUGCUCUAUCAACUGAGCUACAUCCCUGCCGGCCAUUCCCUCCCCUACCCUGGACGACGCUGGGCCAAUUGCGCGCCGCCCAUGAGUCUCCCGGUCGCGGCCGGCUGCGACAGAGCCUGGAUUCGAACCAGGAUCUAGUGGCACAGUUUUGCACUGCGAUGCAGUGCCUUAGACCACUGCGCCACUCAGGAGCUGGUGGAGCGUGAUUCAUCACUCCAGAGAACGCGUUUCCACUGCUCCAGAGUCCAAUGGCGGCGAGCUUUACACCACUCCAGCCGAUGCUUGGCAUUCCGUAUGGUGAUCUUAGGAUUGUGUGUGGCUGCUCGGCCUUGGAAACCCAUUUCAUGAAGCUCCCAAUGAACAGUUCUUGUGCUGACGUUGCUUCCAGAGGCAGUUUGGAACUCGGUAGUGAGUGUUGCAACCGAGGACAGUAGAGUUUUACGUGCUACGUGCUUCAGCACACGGCGGUCCCGUUUUGUGAGCUUGUGUGGCCUACCACUUCGCAGCUGAGCCGUUGUUGCUCCUAGACGUUUCCACUUCACAAUAACAGAACUUACAGUUGACCGGGGCAGCUCUAGCAGGGCAGAAAUUUGAUUAACUGACUAGUUGGAAAGGUGGCAUCCUAUGACGGUGCCACGGUGAAAGUCACUGAGCUCUUCAGUAAGGCCAUUCUACUGCCAAUGUUUGUCUAUGGAGAUUGCAUGGCUGUGUGCUCGGGUGUCAGCAACGGGUGUGGCUGAAAUAGCUGAAUCCACUAAUUUAAAGGGGUGUCCACAUACCUUUGUAUAUAUAGUGUAUCUCAGAGUUUUGUAGUGUUUAUUUUUUCAUAUAUUUUGAAAAACAUAUGGUGCAUGCAUUUAUGUUAAUCCCUUUAUGUGAUUACAUUAUUCCAUUCAUGUGAGUUGUCAAUAUUUAUACAUAUCCUGUACUUUUAUUGCUGUAUGUUUGCAUCUGUUGUAAGCCUACUAGUUAUGUAUGUAUGUAUGUGUAUAGUAACAUGCUGCAUCCCCUCUCCUUCCCAGGCGAGCGGUGUGAGUGGGACAGGCGUCAGGGCCGCUGUGUCCCGGGGGUGUGUAGGAAUGGGGGGACGUGCAGGGAGCUGUCUGGAGGGGGGUUCCGCUGUGAGUGCCCCGCAGGGGGGUACGAGCGGCCCUACUGCGCAGUCACCUCACGCUCCUUCCCCCCCAAAUCCUUUAUCAUGUUCCGAGGCCUCCGCCAGAGAUUCCAUCUCUCCAUUUCUCUCACGUGAGUACUGACUUUCUCUUUCUUUUUGUCUUUCUUUUCUCUUCUCUUCUCUUUCUCUCUUUCUCUCUCUCUCUUUCUCUCUUUCGUUCUAGACCAUUUCUCAAUUUCCUGCUCUUUCUUUCAUGUGUCAUGUCAUUUAUUUUUAUAUUUUACCCUCUAUCCUGUUCUCUUUGCCCCGGCCCCACCUCUCCACCCUUAGAGGCCCAAAUUGGGACCUGGCGUGGCCCCUUGGUGUGUUCUGAUUGGUCAGAGGUGGUUGCUAGGGUGAAGUGGUCACAAAUGUGAUCUCAGGUCUAACUAAAUCCCAUGACUCAGAGGUCCAUCAGCUUUAAGACACAUGACGUGAUCUGUGCCAGCCUCUCUCAGCAGGCAUAGAUAUUUUAUUUAUUAUAUAUCACAUUGUCCUAUAUACUCAUGUACACUUGCAUUAGAGAUUUGCGGUGAACCUUACAGUAUCUCCUGUACCGUGUGUAUGUGUGUGUGUGUGAUGGCGGGUGGGGUUACUCACAGCACCCUAACAUGGUCGUGGGUUGUGUUACAGUUUUGCCACUCUGGAGAACAGUGGCCUCCUCUUCUACAACGGGCGCUUCAAUGAGAAACACGACUUCCUGGCUCUGGAGAUCCUAGAGGGACAGGUGGUGCUCAAGUACUCCACAGGUAUGUGUCUAUCUGUAUCUGUAUGUGUGUGGGUUUGUGUGUGUGCCCCGCCUAUACAAUGGUAGGGGAAACUCUGGUUUUGAGUGUGACCUCUGACCCGUCUGUCCCCAGGUGAAUUGUCCACUCAGGUGAGCCCCUUCCUACCUGGGGGCGUGGCCGAUGGCAACUGGCACACUGUCCACAUCCACUACUACAACAAGGUGAGUCCCUGUGUGUGUGUGUGUGUGUGUGUGUGUGUGUAACCCUUCAUCUCUGCACAUACCAUGCAUUUGUUAGAAUUCUCUCCCCUUCUCCAUUUUUCUCAGCCCUCGCGCAGUGUGAGUACAGUAUGGCUGUGUGUACAUGUUUGUCUUUCACUCUCUGUGAGUGUGGCUGUGAGUUCCCCUGCCCUCUUAGCCCAUGUGCAGUGUCAGUGUUUCUUUGUAUGUCACACAUUCUUCCCUCUCUCUGUACUGUAUUUUACUCUCUGUCUUUGUAGCAGCACAAGCAGCAAGAGUACAGCAAGGUGUUUUGGUGUACUGUGUGUGUACUAUGUGUGUACUGUGUGUGUACUGUGUGUGUUCUGAGUGUGUUCUGUGUGUGUACUGUGUGUACGUGUGCAUGUGUGUCCGUUAUAUUUGACUGUCCCUGUGUCUGCCCCAGCCCAAGCGCAGUGUGAGUGGGGAGGCCCAGGGUCCAUCUGAUGAGAAGGUGGCGGUGGUCAGUGUGGACGACUGUGACACGGCCGUGUCGCUUCGCUUCGGAACGCAGCUCGGCAACUACAGCUGUGCUGCUCAGGGCAAGCAGACCAGCUCCAAGAAGUAAGUCUCUCUCUCUCUCUCUCUCUCUCUCUCUCUCUGUCUAGCUCUCUCUUUCUCUCUCUCACACACACACACACACACACACAGACAGACACACGUGCACGUCCAUUGCAAGUCAGUGUCAGGGUUAAACCCUCAGCAUUGCCACUUAAACCUAUUCUCCCUGUCUGGACUUGACAAGUCACUCACAUCGCUGCUGCUGUGCUCUGUAAGCGCUGAGGAAAGGACAAGGGCAACAUCUAAUAGUGUUGUACUGCUCUCUUCCAUCCUCCUUCUCUCUCUGUCCCUCUGCCUUCUCUCUCUCGCUCUCUCUCUCUCCCCUUCUCAGAUCUCUGGAUCUCACCGGUCCCUUGUUUUUGGGCGGAGUGCCCAACAUGCCUGAUCAUUUCCUGUUUCAUACCCGGGAGUUUAUUGGCUGUAUGAAAGACCUCCACAUCGACAACAGACCUUUGGACCUGGCGGGAUACAUCGCUAACAAUGGAACCCUACCUGGUCUGUAUAGCAUACUCACAGAUACAAGUGGAGACUCAGAUACUUCACAGGGGGUAAAAAUCUGAAGCAUCCGGUUGGAACUUCCACUCACUCACUCACCACCAAUAUGGUGAUGAGAGAAAGUCCAGUGGCUGGCAGCUGGAGAAGAUGGAGCGAGAUGAAACUGGGCUGACGUUCUACACAUUUGAUGAAAAAUUCAAUCUCAAUACAGUUUUCUGUUCCUAAAAGUAUACGUUUUGUAGACUUGACGCUUUGCCAAAGUCUUUGGCAUACCUGUCUGUGUUUGUGUUGUCAAUGGAAACCACUAACCGCGAAGUUGGUUGAGGUUGUUAACACAGAUGUGGUGAUUUUCUCUGGUUCUGAUAGGCUGUAGUGCCAAGCUGCUCUUCUGUAACUCCGACCCGUGUCAGAAUGGAGGAACGUGUCGUGUCAGCUGGGAGACCUUCUCAUGUGACUGCCCCCUAGGGUUUGGAGGGAAGGACUGCACCCAUGGUAAGAUAAGCACUGACAUACCUGUCCAGUAAACAUAGGUUUUUCUCACUCCUAUAUAAACACAUAUAUUCACACACCUCAUACUAACCUCACUGACCACACCUCUUCUCCCUGCCCCCCUACAGUGAUGCCCCACCCACAUCGUUUCCUGGGAAACAGUGCCCUCUGGUGGGACCUGAAGAAUGACGUGACCAUCUCCACACCCUGGUACCUGGGGCUGGUGUUUAGGACGCGGGCCAGGGAGGGCACCCUGCUGCAGGCACAGGCCGGACAGUACACCAGCCUGGUCUUCCAGGUCUGUACACACAUACAUCGACACUCACCUGUGCUUCCUAACCUGCACUAGUUUAUCUGUGUCUAUAUGUCUGUCUGUCUUUGUAAAUGGGUCCAUUUAUGUUGAAGUAAUACCAAGCUGCAGGGGGAUUCCAAACCAUAUUUGUGUGGUCAUCUACAGGAUUACUCUGUGGAUUAUUCACACGUGUCUCUGUUUGCUUGGCAGCUGGUGAGUGGUCAGCUGGUGUUCUCGGUGACCAAGGGGUCGACGCUGCCGGUGCGUCUACGUCUGGACCAGGUGCAGGUGAGCGACGGGCGCUGGCACGACCUGCAGCUGGAGCUCCGAGACGUCCGCAGCGGGAGGGAGACGCGCUACGUGGCUACCGUCCGCCUAGACUUUGGCCUCUUCCAGGUGAGAGUCCCACAUUGUCCCUACACACAGAUUUGCGUUUCUUCCCUUAAUUGAUUAGGCUAUGAUUGGGGAGGGGUAAACUGAUCCUAGAUCUGUGCCUAACGGUGACUUUUACCGGGAGAGACACAUUAAGGCCGUGACCAGAAUGACCAGUGACCCACUACUCAGCAAUGCAGACAUCUCAAUGCAAAUCAUAACCUCUAAAUGGCCCUGUAAUCCUGUAGGUUGUUAAUCCCAAUAUCCAAUCCUAAAGCUAGUGUAAUGAAUGCCCACUGCUGGUAUUAAAACCUGUAAAUAUUGACUCCAGCCAUGUAGCACCACACACACACACUCCCUUGUUAUGCUCUUUUAUGAUCUCUCCUGUAUCCUUCUUGUUUACUUUCUUUCAUUGAAAUAUUUUUGUGUCUCUCACUCUUUCUCUCCCUAAACCUGUCUAACCCUUUCUAUCUAUUCUGUUCUUUCACUUAUUCACGCUUUCCCCCCUCUUUCUCUAACUCCAUCUAUUUGAAUGCACUGAAGUCGUUCUGAAUAAGAGCAUCUGAUAACUGACUAAAAUUUUUAUUUUUUAGUGUUAGUGUAAUCAAUUUUUUUCUCUCUCUCUCUUUCUUCCCUCUCUCUCUCAGGGCACAGUGAUAGUGGGGAAUGAGAUCCAUGGGCUGAAAGUGAAACACCUCCAUGUGGGCGGAGUCCUGGGCUCGGGCGAGGUACAAAAUGGGAUACGGGGCUGCAUCCAGGUAAGGGUCCGAUCACCAUGGCAACUGUAUCUUAACCAAUGCCCAUAAUUAUUUCUGGGACUCUUAUAGACUUUGUGUGUUAGCAUGUAUGCUAUGUAUGGUAUAUUGGUCUAUGUUCUUUUGAGACUGUAUUUGACACCUAUUUCAUCUAUGUUCUUAGGGGGUUCGUUUAGGGGUACGACCAGAUGCCACGCCCCUGCCCCGCCCCUCCAGGGCUGUCAAAGUGGAGACGGGCUGUAGCGUUGGCAACCCCUGUGUCUCCUCCCCCUGUCCGCCCCACAGCCGCUGUAGUGACGAUUGGGAACGCCACACCUGUCUGUGCGAACCAGGUAAGAUACUGCAAGAGAGAGAAUAGGUAUUUGUGUGCGAGCAAAUGCGUGUGUGUAUGUGUAUGUGUGUAUGUGCAGGCAUUUAGCAUUUGCAAAAAGACCUACGUUUGGCAAAAAAUACAAAACUAUCAGGUGAGGCGACUAAAAAGAGAAAGAAAGUUUGAGAAAAGGUGUGAUGGAGAAAGAUUGAAAAAGAACGAGAGAGGAAGCGGUGAGCGCCGCGGGGGGGAGGAGAGGAAAUACAGAGGCUGACAUCCCUUUAGCACCAUCUAAAACAAACACCUCUCCCUAUUAGCAUAGUGUAGCAGCGCUUCAUUACCACAGUGUUGGCUUUCAUCAGCACAACGAGCAUUACAGUACAUAUGGAGCUGGCCAAUGAGCGUCAGGAGGAGACCAAUCAAAAUUCCAUAACGCCACACAGAAGUGCUCUAAAUAAUUCCCUCUCAUCUUUGGCUGUAAGUACGCCAGUGCUGAAUUAGCUUAAUGGCUCUCUCAUGCACGAGAGAGUUACAGCGCUGUUCACACACUAUAUACAGUGCAUUCGGAAAGUAUUCAGACACCUUGACGUUUUCCACAUUUUGUUACGUUACAGCCUUAUUCUAAAAUGGAUUAAAUUUUUUUUUCCCCUCAUCAAUCUACACCCAAUACCCCAUAAUGAGAAAGCAAAAACAGGUUUUAGAAAUUUUUGCAAAAAUAAAAAAUAUAAACGGAAACAUCACAUUUACUUAAGUAUUCAGACCCUUUACUCAGUACUUUGUUGAAGCACCUUUGGCAGCGAUUACAGCCUCGAGUCUUCUUGGGUAUGACGCUAUAAGCUUGGCACACCUGUAUUUGUGGAGUUUCUCCCAUUCUUCUCUGCAGAUGGAGCAGGUUUUCACCAACGAUCACUCUGUACUUUGCUCCGUUCAUCUUUCCCUCGAUCCUGACUAGUCUCCCAGUCCCUGCUGCUGAAAAGCAUCCCAACUGCAUGAUGCUGCCACCACCAUGCUUCACCAUAGGGAUGGUGCCAGGUUUCUUCCCGACGUGACACUUGGCAUUCAGGCCAAAGAGUUCCAUCUUGGCUUCAUCAGACCAGAGAAUCUUGUUUCUCAUGGUUUGAGGUGCCUUUUGGCAAACCUUUAUGUGUCUUUUACUGAGGAGUGGCUUCCGUCUGGCCUGAUUGGUGGAGUGCUGCAGAGAUGGUUGUCCUUCUAGAAGGUUCUCCCAUCUCCACAGAUAAUUUCUGGAGCUCUCUGAGUGACCAUUGGGUUCUUGGUCACCUCCCUGACCAAGGGCUUUUUCCCCCGAUUGCUCAGUUUGGCUGGGUGGCCAGCUCUAGUAAGAGUCUUGGUGGUUCCAAACUCCAUUUAAGAAUGAUGGAGGCCACUGUGUUCUUGGGGACCUUCAAUGCUGCAGAAAUUUGUUGGUAGCCUUCCCCAGAUCUGUGCCUCGACACAAUCCUGUCUCAGAGCUCUACGGACAAUUCCUUUGACCUCAUGAAUUGAUUUUUGCGCUGACAUGCACUGUCAACUGUGGGACCUUUAUAUAGACAGGUGUGUGCCUUUUUAAAAUCAUGUCCAAUCAAUUGAAUUUACCACAGGUGGACUCCAAUCAAGUUGUAGAAACAUCUCAAGGAUGAUAAAUGAAAACAGGAUGCACCUGAACUCAAUUUCGAGUCUCAUAGCAAAGGGUCUGAAUACUUAUGUAAAUAAGGUAUUUCUGUUUUUAUUUAAUUUUAUUAUUUUUUAGCAAAACAAUCUAAAAAUCUGUUUUUGCUUCGUCAUUAUGGGGUAUUGUGUGUAGAUUGAUGAGGAAAAUGUUUUAUUUAAUCAAUUUUAGAAUAAGGCUGUAACGUAAUAAAAAUGUGGAAAAGUCAAGGGGUCUGAACACUCCGAAUGCACUGUACUAAACAUGCACACAUACAUACAUACAUACAUACAUACAUACAUACAUACAUACAUACAUACAUACAUACAUACAUACAUACAUACAUACAUACAUACAUACAUACAUACAUACAUACAUACAUACACACUAACACAUAGGGCAUGACAGGGCACUGACAUGAGGACAUCUGCUGUCAGUUUGGAGCUGUGUUAGUUUGUGUUCGCCUGUUUGCUUUUUAGUAUGCACAGGAUAAUUAAGUGCAAUGAAAAUGAAAUUGGGUUACUUCUGGUAGAUUGCAGUUGAAUCGACCCAGAGCAGCUGAGAUGGCUAAGGGAAAAAGCUACACCACUCCACUAUCAGAGAACAUACACUACAUUACCAAAAGUAUGUGGACACCUUCUCUUCGAACAUCUCAUUCCAAAAUCAUGGGCAUUAAUAUGGAGUUGGUCCCCCCUUUGCUGCUGUAACAGCCUCCACUCUUCUGGGAAGGCUUUCCACUAGAUGUUGGAACAUUGCUGCGGGGACUUGCUUUCAUUCAGCCACAAGAGCAUUAGUGAGGUUGGGCACUGAUGUUGGGCAAUUAAGGCUGGCUCACAGUCGGCGUUCCAAUUCAUCCCAAAAGUGAUCGAUGGAGUUGAGGUCAGGGCUCUGUGCAGGCUAGUCAAGUUCUUCCACACUGAUCUCAACAAACCAUUUCUGUAUGGACCUCGCUUUAUGUACGGGGGCAUUGUCAUGCUGAAACAGAAAAGGGCCUUCACCAAAUUGUUGCCACAAAGUUGGAAACACAGAAUUGUCUAGAAUGUCAUUGUAUGCUGUAGCGUUAAGAUGUCCCUCCACUGGAACAAAGGGGCCUAUCCCGAACCAUGAAAAACAGCCCCAGACCAUUUUUCCUCCUCCACCAAAAUGUACAGUUGGCAUUCGGGCAGGUAGCGUUCUCCUGGCAUCCGCCAAGCCCAAAUUCAUCCGUCGGACUGCCAGAUGGUGAAGUGUGAUUCAUCACUCCAGAGAACGCGUUUCCACUGCUCCAGAGUCCAAUGGCGGCGAGCUUUACACCACUCCAGCCGACGCUUGGCAUUGCGCAUAGUGUUUAUUAGGCUUGGCUGCUCGGCCAUGGAAACCCAUUUCAUGACGAACAGUUCUUGUGCUGACGUUGCUUCCAGAGACAGAUUGGAACUCGGUAGUGAGUGUUGCAACCGAGGACAGAUGAUUUUUAAGCGCUACGCGCUUGUGUGGCCUACCACUUUGCGGCUGAGCCGUUGUUGCGCCUAGACGUUUCCACUUCACAAUAACAGAACUUACAGUUGACCGGGGCAGCUCUAGGAGGGCAGAAAUUAGACGAACUGACUUGUUUGAAAGGUGGCAUCCUGUGACGGUGCCACGUUGAAAGUCACUGAGCUCUUCAGUAAGGCCAUUCUACUGCCAAUGUUUGUCUAUGGAGAUUGCAUGGCUGUGUGCUCGAUGUUACACACCUAUCAGCAACAGGUGUGGCUGAAAUAGCCAAAUCCACUACUUUGAAGGGGUGUCCACAUACUUUUUUACAUAUAGUGAAUGUUAAUUUCCCAACAUGUAGGCUUUUAGACUCUGCUGCAGCUUGCCAUGGCAAGGACGGUGUCAUUGUGUGCAUUUUUAUGCAUUCAAGGCCAACCUCUGUCUUUGUCAGUUUCCAUGGUGAGAAAUCUAUAGUGACAGAUAUCCUUAUAUAGUGAAUGCAAGGGCACGUUUAAUAGGCGCUGGGUUUUUUGUGAGGGACUUUUGUAAGAGCUGUUCACAGAAAGAGGUUCACAGCUCACAGCACUCACCUGGUUCUAUAGGGAGAUUCUUUUAAACUCGGUUCUCUAAAGAAAACGAUGUGAGAAGAACUCUAUAGGAAGCUUAGUUUUUUUUAAUGAAAACAGUGUUUGUGAAGAGGCUGUAGUUUUAUAUGGAUUUCUUUGAUACACAAAUAUCGUAUGUGUGUGGACAGUAGGGCUCUAUGGUGUUUUGCUGUUGCUGUUUUGUAUAGGUUUUUAUAGUGACUGAGGCUAUGUUCUUUAUAUUCUAAUGCCGGGAUUCAAUCCGAUCGCAGGGUAUAGGCACUUUGGUUUUUAAUUAAAGGCAAUUUCCAAUUUAGCCAACAUUUGCAGUGUUUACCAUCAAUUGGAUCUCCACAAACACAUUGCCUUUAAAAGCCGCAGUUCCUAGAACAUGCGAUAGGAUUGAAUCGCGGCCUAUGUAGCUUGUGUGAACAGUUCUAUGCUAAAAUUGGUUUUUUUGUGUGUAGUAUGUAUUAACCUCAUAAGGAUCGGACCUUUUUUUUCAAUAUUCGCCUAAAAUGACAUACCCAAAUCUAACUGCCUGUAGCUCAGGACCUGAAGCAAGGAUAUGCAUAUUCUUGAUACCAUUUGAAAGGAAACACUUUGAAGUUUGCGGAAAUGUGAAAUUAAUGUAGGAUAAUAUAACACAUUAGAUCUGGUAAAAGAUAGUACAAACAAAAAAACAUGUGUUUUCUAUUAUUUUUUUCCUCAUCAUCUUUGAAAUGCAAGAGAAAGGCCACAAUAUAAUAUUGCAGUUUAGAUUUUGGCCACUAGAUGACAGCACUGUGUGUGCAAAGUUUCAGAUUGAUCUAGUGAAGCGUUGCAAUACUGGACUAUUUUGUAUCAAGUCUUCCUAAAUGUGCCGAAUUGUUCAAUUGAUGCAUUUUCAAGUAAAUAACUAUAGAGAACAUACAAAAAUCAUAUGGUAAUACGAAAUGUAAGUUUACACACUCCCAGGAAUGUCAUACAUGAUGGAUCAUAAGCUUAUACACUAACUUUCACACAUCUAGAUGGCCGGGCGGGGUGGGUGUGGAGCCAGAGACAGCAGGGGUUCAAACUGUAGAACCCAGUUCCUACAUUUGAAUAUAAAAAUUGAUUUUAUCAAACAAAACUAUGCUACAUUUUAUCUCUGGGACCCUUAGGAUGACAAAUCAGAGCAAGACUACUGAACAUUAUUUACCUUCAGAGGUGAAUGUAAUAUAAUAUAAUAUAAUAUGCCAUUUAGCAGACACUUUUAUCCAAAGCGACUUACAGUCAUGUGUGCAUACAUUUUUAUGUAUGGGUGGUCCCGGGGAUCGAACCCACUACCCUGGCGUUACAAGCGCCAUGCUCUACCAAUUGAGCUACAAAGGACCACAAUGUAUCAAACCAGUUGCCAUGAUACAUUUUUUGUUGUUGUGCACUCUCCUCAAACAAUAGCAUGGUAUUUUUUAACUGUAAUAGCUACUGUAAAUUGGACAGUGCAGUUAGAUUAACACGUAUGUAAGCUUUCUGCCAAUAUAAGACAUGAUGUUAGAGCCGAUUUGGGCAUAUUUUGUAUAAAAGACUGAACAUACUGAGCUCCAUGUACAUUUGUGUAAAUAUAUUAAAUAUUAAUGUAUAUGAUGAAAUAUUAGGUACGUACCUUUAUGAUUUAUUUACCGGAUUGAGAUAUAUUCAUUUGUUAUUAGUGUAACUCAGUUUUUGGCCCCCCCUCUUGCCCAUUCAUUGUACUGUGUUAAUUGUGUUAGUAUAAAGGCAGGAAGUUGGGCCUUCGGGGGGAGGAGUCCUUGCUAGAUGCGGGAGCGGUAUAGUUUUUUGACCAUAUAGACAUACAGAAAUACAGACAGACAGGUCAUAUUAUAUUAUGUAUUUGCAUUUCAAGUAAUCUCUGCUUUAAGUUGAUUGGAGAAUACCUUUUUGUUAGAGAAGAAGAAUAAACAUUUUUGUUGCACUAUAUCCCUGGAUCUCAUUGAAUGUUUGGCCGUUUGGAAACGUUGAGUGUGGACUGUAUGCGUCCGAAACAACCCCGCUUCAGGCUAGGGCAGUGGCUAUGGUAAAGAGGAAAGGAAACCACCACACAUGACUAUGUCCUGGAAAAUUUGCUGUUACUUACAUCCUCUCACUGUCAACUGCGUUUAUUUUCAGCAAACUUAACAUGUGUAAAUAUUUGUAUGAACAUAACAAGAUUCAACAACUGAGACAUAAACUGAACAAGUUCCACAGACAUGUGACUAACAGAAAUUGAAUAAUGUGUCCCUGAACAAAGUCAAAAUCAAAAGUAACAGUCAGUGUCUGGUGUGGCCACCAGCUGCAUUAAGUACUGCAGUGCAUCUCCUUUUCAUGGACUGCACCAGAUUUGCCAGUUCUUGCUGUGAGAUGUUACCCCACUCUUCCACCAAGGCACCUGCAAGUUCCCGGACAUUUCUGGGGGGAAUGGCCCUAGCCCUCACCCUCCGAUCCAACAGGUCCCAGACGUGCUCAAUGGGAUUGCGAUCCGGGCUCUUCGCUGGCCAUGGCAGAACACUGACAUUCCUGUCUUACAGGAAAUCAUGCACAUAAUGAGCAGUAUGGCUGGUGGCAUUGUCAUGCUGGAGGGUCAUGUUAGGAUGAGCCUGCAGGAAGGGUACCACAUGAGGGAGGAGGAUGUCUUCCCUGUAACGCACAGCGUUGAGAUUGCCUGCAAUGACAACAAGCUCAGUCCGAUGAUGCUGUGACACACCGCCCCAGACCAUGAUGGACCCUCCACCUCCAAAUCGAUCCCGCUCCAGAAUAAAGGCCUCGGUGUAAUCCUCAUUCCUUCGACGAUAAACGCAAAUUCGACCUUCACCCCUGGUAAGACAAAACUGCGACUCGUCAGUGAAGAGCACUUUUUGCCGGUUCUGUCUGGUCCAGCGACGGUGGGUUUGUGCCCAUAGGCGACGUUGUUGCCGGUGAUGUCUGGUGAGGACCUGCCUUACAACAGGCCUACAAGCCCUCAGUCCAGCCUCUCUCAGCCUAUUGCGGACAGUCUGAGCACUGAUGGAGGGAUUGUGCGUUCCUGGUGUAACUCGGGCAGUUGUUGUUGCCAUCCUGUACCUGUCCCACAGGUGUGAUGUUUGGAUGUACCGAUCCUGUGCAGGUGUUGUUACACGUGGUCUGCCACUGCGAGGACGAUCAGCUGUCCGUCCUGUCUCCCUGUAGUGCUGUCUUAGUACGGACAUUGUAAGUUAUUGCCCUGGCCACAUCUGCAGUCCUCAUGCCUCCUUGCAGCAUGCCUAAGGCACGUUCACGCAGAUGAGCAGGGAUCCUGGGCAUCUUUCUUUUGGUGUUUUUCAGAGUCAGUAGAAAGGCCUCUUUAGUGUCCUAAGUUUUCAUAACUGUGACCUUAAUUGCCUACCGUCUGUAAGCUUUAUUUAUAUAGGUAGUGGCUCCUAAUCCAUGACCGGUUAUUUUAUUUCUGAAGCUCUGAAUCCGUGAGUGUGCAAAUUCUCAGGGGAAUUUGGGACUUCACUCAUUUUCUCAUGCCGAAACCGGAUUAGAUACAUACUGGUAGUUAAAUCAGAGUUAAAUGCCUAAAAGAUUAUAUUCGCAAUGUCGCUAAGCAAAAAACAAACAACUUAAACAGUGGUUACAUGUGGUCUGCGGUUGUGAGGCCAGUUGAACGUACUGCCAAAUUCUAAGGGUAGAGAAAUGAACAUUACAUUCUCUGGCAACAGCUCUGGUGGACAUUCCUGCAGUCAGCAUGCCAAUUGCACGCUCCCUCAAAACUUUUGACAUCUGUGGCGUUGUGUGACAAAAAUUCACAUUUGAGUGUGGCCUUUUAUUGUCCCAAGCACAAGGUGCUCCUGAGUAAUGAUCAUGCUGUUUAAUCAGCUUCUUGGUAAGCCACACCUGUCAAGUGGAUGGAUUAUCUUGGCAAAGGAGAAAUGCUCACUAACAGGGAUGUAAACAAAUUUGUGCACCAAAUUUGACAGAAAUAAGCUUUUUGUGCGUAUGGUAAAUUUCUGGGAUCUUUUAUUUCAGCUCAUGAAAUAUUGGACCAACACUUUACAUGUUGCGUUUAUAUAUUUUUUCAGUAUAGAACAAUGAGGGUUAGUUAUAAAAAAUAUUUCCUAGCGUUGCUAGCAUGCUAAAGUUAGCUAGCUAGCUAAUGUCGAUACACCAUAGUCGUGGGUCCACAAAAUCAAGCAAAUGGUUCUGAGCUGUUUUGGUUGUUUUCUUGCUUAGUGACAUUGCGAAUAUCAUCUUUUUGGCUUUUAACUCUUAUUUAGCUAGCUAUGUAUCUAAUCCUGUUUCUGCAUGAGAAAAUGAGUGAAGUCCCAAAUUCCUGUGAGAUGCUGUGAAAAUUUGCGCACUCACGGAUAUGAAGCCUCAGAAAUAAAAGAUCCGGUCACGGAUUAGGAGCCACUCCCUUUUUUAUAUUAAAGUGUGCAUUGUAAUAGGUUCCUAACGCGUGUGCCCGUGUUGUAGGUUCCCAUGUUAAUGACUGUGUACAUGUGUUGUUGGUUCCCAUGGUAAUGACUGUGUACAUGUGUUGUAUGUUCCCAUGGUAAUGACUGUGUGUGUGUUUUGUAGGUUUCUAUGGUAAGGGCUGCAUAGAAGCGUGCCAGCUGAACCCGUGUGAGAAUGAUGCCAAGUGCCACAGGAAGCCCAGCUCAUCACACGGAUACAUCUGUGACUGUGGAGACAACCACUAUGGCCAGUACUGUCGCCACAGGUCAGUCUGUCAACUUUACAUCAACUGUAUUUCAACCAUAGAUCAACUACUAUGGGCAAUACUGUCAAAUAUACACUACCAGUCAAAAGUUUGGACACACCUACUCAUUCAAGGGUUUUUCUUUAUUUUUAAAAUUUUUUACAUUGUAGAAUAAUACAUCAAAACUAUGAAAUAACACAUAUAGAAUCAUGUAGUAACCAAAAAAGUGUUCAACAAAUCAAAAUAUAUUUUAUAUUUGAGAUUCUUCAGAUAGCCACCCUUUGCCUUGAUGAAAGCUUUGCACACGCCUGGCAUUCUCUCAACCAGCUUCAUGAGGUAGUCACCUGGAAUGCAUUUCAAUUAACAGGUGUGCCUUCUUAAAAGUUAAUUUGUGGAAUUUCGUAAAAUACCUAUUUGGUAAAAUACCAAGUCCAUAUUAAGAACAGCAAAGAGAAACGACAGUCCAUCAUUACUUUCAGACAUGAAGGUCAGUUUUGCAGUCGCAAAAACCAUCAAGCGCUAUGAUGAAACUGGCUCUCAUGAGGACCGCCACAGGAAAGGAAGACCCAGAGUUACCUCUGCUGCAGAGGAUAAGUUCAUUAGAGUUACCAGCCUCAGAAAUUGCAGCACAAAUAAAUGCUUCACAGAGUCCAAGUCACAGACACAUCUCAACAUCAACUGUUCAGAGGGGACUGUGUGAAUCAGGCCUUCAUGGUCGAAUUGCUGCAAAGAAACCACUACUAAAGGACACCAGUAAGAAGAAGAGACCUGCUUGGGCCAAGAAACACGAGCAAUGGACAUUAGACUGGUGGAAAUGUGUCCUUUGGUCCAAAUUGGAGAUUUUUGGUUCCAACCGUCGUGUCUUUGUGAGACGCGGUGUGGGUGAGCGGAUGAUCUCCGCAUGUGUAGUUCCCACCGUAAAGCAUGGAGGAGGAGGUGUCAUGGUGUGGGGGUGCUUUGCUGAUGACACUGUCUGUGAUUUAUUUAGAAUUCAAGGCACAGUUAACCAGCAUGGCUGUGUAAAUGCUAUUUUACCAAGAAUGAGAGUGAUGGAGUGCUGCAUCAGAUGACCUGGCCUCCACAAUCACCUCAACCAAAUUGAGAUGGUUUGGGAUGAGUCAGACCGCAGAGUGAAGGAAAAGCAGCCAACAAGUGCUCAGCAUAUGUGGGAACUCCUUCAAGACUGUUGGAAAAGUAUUCCAGGUGACGCUGGUUGAGAGGAUGUCAAGAGUGUGCAAAGCUGUCAUCAAGGCAAAGGGUGGCUAUUUGAAGAAUCUCAAAUAUAACAUAUAUUUUGAUUUGUUGAACACCUUUUUGGUUACUACAUGAUUCCAUAUGUGUUUUUCAUAGUUUUGAUGUCUUCACUAUUAUUCUACAAUGUAGAAAUAGUAAAAAUAAAGAAAAACCCUUGAAUGAGUAGGUGUGUCCAAACUUUUGACUGGUACUGUACAUCAACUAUAAACACAAUGAACAUUAUUAACAUACUGUCCAUCUGUGACUGUGGAGACAGGUCAGUAAACACUAUAACUAUAGAUCAACUUUAGAUGACUGAACCCCAACUAUAUGACUGAGUCCCAAAUGUCUGUGUGUGUUUCUAAUGUUAGUAAUAGUACACCAUAGCAGUGCCUGAGACCGGGGUGAGACAACGUUCCAGUGCUCUGCUCUGUCUAUCUGUGAAAGUGGCUUUGGUUGUCCUUGUUUUUCCACAGAUAUGCCCUAAUCCCCGGGAGAGGAUGAGAAGAGACUUAGGUUUCUCUGUGAUGAUAAAACACAGUGACCCAGGCGUCACCCCACCCUCAUGUGAAAUCCCUCCCAGCUUUAGGUCUCACAUAUCUGUCACUUCUUCAUUUCCCUUUGAUCUAGGUACUGUGAUGUACUCUGAUGUAUACUCUGGCCUAUAUAGCAGACAGGGACUGAAAUUUAGAGAACUACCACUUUUAACGUGCGUAUGUGCCUGUGUGUGGUGUGUGGUGUGUGUGUGUGUGUGUGUGUAGGAUUGACCACCAGUGUCCGCGUGGUUGGUGGGGCUCUCCAACAUGUGGGCCCUGCCACUGUAAUGCCAGUAAAGGUUUCGACCCCGACUGCAACAAGACCAGCGGCCACUGCCAUUGCAAGGUGACCUGCCCGCCACGACACACACACAAGCGCACGCGCAAUCACGCAUAUCAGCAGUAAAUACUCUUACCGUUAAUCAACUCAUAUCGCAAUCCCAGGCACUGAUCCAUGCUCUUAUAUACCUCAGCAGACAUAUCAUCACUGUAUAUCACCCUACUGUUUUCUAAUCCCUGCUUGUAACCCUAAUCAUUGAUACUGAUCAUAACUUGACACUGCUAUCAAACAGCCAUUGUCUUAUGGGGCAUUAUCAGCAGCUUCACCUUGUAAUCUGAGCAUCCCAAUUACCCUUAACACUCUUAAUGUCAACAGACCCCCCUUAUCCCUCAUGCCAUCCUCCACACUGUGACCCCAUCUUAAAUCCUUUUUCAAGGACAGUACAGAAGCUCCGUUUUCUCACAGUAUAGUAUUAUAUUGAGUAUUGUAAUUUAAAUGUUGAAUUGUUCUUAUAGGAGAUUUAACAUACUGGUGUUUCUAAACGCUCACCUGACAAUAUUUUUUUGUGUUUGUCUGUCCAUGUCUCCGUACGUCACUCUUUUUCUCUCUAAAUCCUUCUCUUUUCUGUGAAUCUGUCUGCUUUCAUGUUCCUCUCUCAUGUUAACGUGUGUGCAUUUGUGUAUCUGUCUGUGUGCGUCUAUGUAUAUGCCUGUAUAUGUGUAUGUUUGUGUGUAUAUGUAUGUGACUUUCUAUGUCUGUUCUUUGUGUGGAUUUGGAUGUGGUUGUCUUUGGUCUGAGUGUUAUGUAUCUGUUUCUGCACGUCUACAUGUGUCUGGGUGUGUAUCUGUGUCCUGUUUGUCUAUAUCUCUGUAUAUGUGUGUCUGUCUCUCUGUGUGUCAAUCUCUGUGUAUAUAUCCGUGUGCGUGUCAGGAGUUCCACUACCGCCCGCGGGGCAGUGACUCCUGCCUGCCGUGUGACUGCUACCCUGUGGGCUCCUUCUCCCGGUCAUGUGACCCAGAGAGUGGCCAGUGCCAGUGUCGGGCUGGCGUGAUUGGUCGACAGUGCAACAUGUGCGACAACCCCUUUGCUGAGGUCACACAGACGGGCUGCGAUGGUGAGACCGAGGGAUUCCUCUCCUACUACCUGCAAUCUUCUCUUUCUCUCUUCCUCCCACGUCUUCUCUGUCAUCUUCUCUGUGCCUCCCGUUUCUCUGAUUCCCUUAUUUUCCCUUCUGUAAGACUCUUUCUCUCUCAAAAAUCUCUCUCUUGGUUCUCAUUGUCUUCACGCACAGUUUUUGACUUAUAUUGAGCAUACUAACGAAGACUCUGUUUUCCCGUUUCUCUCUCUCUCUGUCUGUUAGUCAUCUAUGAUGGCUGUCCUAAGACCAUCACCCUGGGUAUCUGGUGGCCCAGGACCAAGUUCAAUCUGCCAGCAGCCGUGCCCUGUCCUAAAGGAUCCGUGGGUCAGUCCCUCAACAUUCUACACUUUCUCUGUAGUUUAGUGGAUGUCUGUACAACAGAUGCAUAUCUGUAUUACCAGUCAUGUGAAAUCCAUAGAUUAGGGCCUAAUUAAUUUAUUUCAAUUGACUGAUUUCCUUAUAUGAACUUUAACUCAGUAAAAUCUUUGAAAUUGUUGCAUUUAUAUUUUUGUUCAGUAUACUGUAUAUUUCCUCAAUCUUCCAAAGAAGGAAAUAUGAUAACAUCUCCCAUUAGAAGACUCAGGAUCUAUACUGACUAUAGCCAGAUAAACACCCCAUUCCUUUGAAACCCAGUAUCUGUGUUUGAAUGUAUCCCCUGUGCUGCUUUUUAGUGUUGUGGAUAUGUUCUACAGGUAUUAGUGUCUGUGUCUGUUCUCCCCAGGUGCUGCUGUCAGACACUGUGAUGUGGAGAGGGGCUGGCUGGAGCCGGAUCUCUACAACUGUACCUCUCCUCCCUUUGUGGAGCUCAAUGCAGCAGUAAGAAUACUCCGCUACCCUAUUGCUCAUACUGGUUGGAACUGCACAUUACGGAAUGGUGUCUAACAUAUUGUGUGUGUGUGUGCACGUGUGCAUCCGUAGCUGGAGUCGGUUGAGCGGAACGAGACAGAGCUCAGCACCAUCAUGGAGAAGAAACUGGCCCACCAGCUCCGUGAUGUCACCGAGGCCACGACCCGUCUCUAUGGCAAUGACCUCCAGAUUGCUGAGCGGCUACUGUCCCGCCUGUUGACCUUCGAGAGUCUGCAGACGGGCUUCGGCCUGACCGCCACCCAGGACGCGCACUUUAACGAGGUGAGGGUUGCCUGGCAACACGCUCGUAAAAGGUUUUAGUCGAGUUUGGAAAAUGUAGUCACUGUUUUAUUAGAUUGUGUGUGUAGGAACUGAAUCUCCCUCUCCCCCUCCGUCUCCAGAAUGUUCUGCGGGGCUGCAGUGCGGUGCUGGGUCCAGACAGUGCAGGGUUGUGGCGGGCCCAGAUCCAGGCCCAGGGAGGGGCAGGAGGGCUGGCUGAUCUGCUGGAGCAGUAUGCCCAGACCCUGGCCCAGAACAUGAAGCUCACCUACCUAAACCCUGUGGCUCUGGUCGCCCCCAACAUCGGUGAGUCACCGCCCCCACGACAGAACCAUCUGCUCUCUUACCCUUUAUGUGGUGUGAUCAGUACAUUGUGUCAAGUGAGGUCUACCUUUCUGUAUUGAGUGGUUGUUCUUGCUUUGUUUGGUCAAGUAGUCAAUCCAUGCAAGUGUGUAGCCCUAGUCCUUUUCCUGUGUAAAAACUAAAGAGAAAACCCUGUGCACAGCAGUGCAUGUAGAGAUCCAGGGGCUGGUUUUGGCACGAACAACUAUGUAUCCAAAACAAGUGUAAAAACCACACACUGAUGACAGACGACCGACCUUGACUUGAAUAUUUUUUUAUUGCAGAGUA